GGGAAAUCAUUGUAUCCCUCCUCUUCCAAUCUCGCUUCUUCUUCUUAUGAGAGUUGGAAAACAUCUUGCCAUUGAGAAGAAGAACUACAAGUUGAAAUACACUUGCCAUUUGACAAAGAUACCAGUUGAGAAAUUGGAGUUAUGGUAAUGCAAAGAGUACCUUUGAAUUCCAAUUUUAAAGGUCAACAGAAGAGAAAAUUUGAGGAGUAUAUAUAUGAUGGUGUAUUUCCUACUAGUUUUGAACUUAUCCACAGAGAGAAAUAUGAUAGUAAAAAUUCAAAGGAUCCUAUAGACUCAUCGUCUCCCCUUGCAUCUUCAACACUAUCCCACAAAAAUGAGAAUGUUUUAGAAGGAACAAAAGAUGGAGAAUAUUGUGGUAUUUGUAUGGAAGAUUAUUCUCACUUUAGUGAUUCUAAAGAUUCUACUAAGGGACUUAGUUAUCCUAUGUAUUUAGGAAAUUUGGAAGUCCAACCUAGGGAUUUAUUGCCUAGUAGUAGUUUUUCUUUCACUACCAAAACAUUAGUGAAUGUUAAAUCAAAAAGGAAACACUUGGAAGUGUUGAAGUCAUUUGGGGAUGACAAUAAGACUUUACCAUUUUCAUUGAGCUCAACUGAAAAUGACAUUGAUCGGGUUAGCUCGAUCAAUAAAUUUUUACCUUCGAGGAGUAGUCAUCUUUCGAGACUAAUUAUUCCCAUAGGACCUAGGUUUCAAGCAGAAGUUCCUAAAUGGGAAGGCGGAACCGACCUAAAACAUUUUAAUGGUUACGAUGAUUUGAAAUGGCUAGGAACUCCAAUUUGAACAUUUCUCAUUAAGUUUAUGAUUUUGAUUGAUUUGGCAUGUGGUAUUUCUCAUGUUGUAAAAGUAAUAGU